CGGGUCCCGGCCGGUUGGCCGGCCGACCCUUGCUGGGCCUGAGCCGCGGGUCCCCUGGCGCUGCGCUCCACGCCGCUCCGCCGCUGCGUCCGCCUAGGACCACUCUGCGUGACCCGGAGAAGCCAGAAGGCGCGCCCUGCUUUCGGGAACCGCCGCGAAGCGAGCGCCGGAGGUCGCGGCUCCCCCUGCCUCAAACCAGGCCGGUGGGAGAGGCUGCAUUGGAACCAAACUGCCGCCGCCCCGCCGUCCCCGGGCUCCCGAGGGCACUGUUCAGACACCAGCCUCCGGUACCCAAGUGCAGCGGUUGCCGUGUCUCUGUCCCCGAAGCCCCGGGAAACAUCCGCCCUCCGGGAGACUAUGCUUACGGUACAAGGAAAACCAUUUCCUGGAACAUCUGAGUUGUAAUUCAGCCUUGAGUUACCGACCAUAGUCAAAGGGCAAACAUGCUUCAUGCCACAAGUGAACUAGAGUUUUCGAACGAAAAAAAUACGGAGGAUACCUCCCAACUUGCUUCCCUGGCGCCAUCAGGUGACGCAUCACCCAGCGAAAAAAAUUCACCUGGUUUACCCGAAAAAACGGGCUAUCCGGACUCCGUUUACGUUAUGGCCGCAAACAUUUUUCAGGGCAUUCGAUUCGAAAAGUCACCAGAGCAAGUCUUAAUAAAGUAUGGGAAUGAACCCUUGCGGUCCUUGCCCGAAUCUGAGGAUGAAGCCCUUCAGCGGUCGUCCUAUGAGCUGGCUUUCAAUGCCCUGAAGUUUCAAGAUAUUUUGGAAACUAUGUUAAUAGACAGCUAUAUCCUCCCAAGUACCACAAUACCAGAUCAUUUGAGCAGUCUUAUUAUUGUGAUGCUGUAUGAUUUCCAAGAGAGAAAAUUUCAAGCUCGUCUCUUUUCUGAUAAUGAAGAGCCCAUAGCAGAAGUUCAAGAAGUAGAGAAUCUUCUUAACAGUUUUAAGACAAAAUUGGCUGCAGCAUUGGCAAGAUGUCGAAUCAAACAUGAUGCCCUUUCAAUUUACCACAUUCUUCCAGAAACAGUUAGGAACCAGGAACUAAGGGCCUCCACUUUGCCACUUUAUGCUUGGAUAAAUACUUGUAAAAUCAGCCCUGAAGAAGUUUUUUAUAGUUUGAAGAAAAAAGGCUAUAAUAAAGUCACAUCUGUAUUGCAUAUUGAUGAUAAAGUCUAUGCUGUGGACCAACACUGCUAUGAUGUUUUAAUUUUUCCAUCUCAUCUCAAAAAUGAUCUUCUAAAUAUAGAUCUUUUCAAAGAAUAUAAACUUAUAUUUCAGGACAAAUCUCGAAGUCUCGCUGUCCAUUCUGUAAGGGCUUUAUUAAAUAUGGAUGAUGAUAUCUUAAUGGUCAAUACAGGUUCAUGGUACACAGUUGCCCAUAUGUCAGUCUUAACAAAUAAUAAUACCUCAAAAAUAUUUGUGUGUGGAGUAAAAUCACAAGCUAAGGAUCCUGAUCUGAAGAACCUUUUUACAAAAAUGGGAUGUAAAAAUAUUCAAAUACUUCAUGAGACAUUUCUUAACACUGAACCAAAGGAUCAUAGAUUACAGAAAGUUAAAGUGAUUCUGCUGCUACCUCACUGUUCAGGACUGGGUGUUAGUAAUCCAGUAGAAUUUAUACUAAAUGAGCAUGAAGAUACAGGUUUACUUAAAGAUUUCUCUCAAGGAGGCACAUCAGAAGAUAAACUUCACAUUCUUGCUCAACAGCAAUAUGAACAGCUAACACAUGCAAUGAAAUUUACCAAAGCUCAAGCAGUCGUUUAUUGCACAUGCUCAGUUUAUCCAGAAGAAAACGAAGCUGUUGUUAAGAAAGCACUGGAAUUUCAAGACCUUGGGAUUAAAGUACAGCCUUACAGGCUUAGUCCUCCUGUCCUUCCACUGUGCUCCUUAAAGGAAAUACAUCUGUCUACUGAUAAAUUUUUCAGAAUGGAACCAUCUGGAAUUACCAAUGGUUGUUUUCUUUCUGUUCUAACAAGGGAGCGGGACCCAUCUGAGACAGUGUCUGUGAGAGACGUUCUGGCCCGUGCUGCCGCUAAGGGUCUACUGGAUGGAAUUGAGUUGGGUAAAUCUUCAAAGCGGGAGAAGAAGAAGAAAAAGUCAAAAAUAUCAUUGCCGAAAACUCCCACUAGUGACAACAGCGGCAUCCAAACGAAAAUCGCUGAGUUCCUGAAUCGAGAAACGAAUGCAAAUGCUAACCGGUCAGAGACACUGACAACAAAAACAUCUCUGCCACAGAAAAAAGCCACUUCAGCAGCUUCUUCCUCGCAGGUCAGAAAACCCGGCAAGCCCGCCGCCAAUCCCUUAGUGCCUACAUUUAUGAAGAACACAGCUCACCCCAGACCGUAUGAACGGCAGACAAACUUCAUAAGACCUCGCCCAGAAGACAGAGUGAUCGCACUGAAACCCAUAGAGAUUGUUUUGCCUCCAGUGAUGUUGCCAUCUUCAAGUCCCCACGGGAUCAAAUCUCAGAUACCAACUCAACAUUUUUACUAUCAUUGGGUUGGACCCAAGACCGGUUACUUUCCCUCACCAUCAAUAACCAGAAGAGGGGAAAAGCCUAAAGAGAACUUACCUUCCUUCCCAUUCAGACGUCCUCGACCAUGGCUUUGACUGUGUUGUGGUUUUUACAGACGUCGAGGGCAGUUGACUUUCUGUCAAAGUCUGAUACCUCUCUGAAGGUUAGAUAACCCUACACAAGAUACUCACCCUUUUGGUCACUUAGUAUCUUCUAAAUGUGAUAGUACCUUCAAGAGAAUGAAGACAAGUGAGAAACAAUAAUGUAGGCGAUUCAACACGGCCGGAGUCCUGCACUGCACCAGCUCAGUGCUGACCUGUUCUAGAAUGUCCAGCUGUAGACUCAGGAUCGGCUGUUAGAACUUGCCUCCCUCCUGCUAACUUCCAGUCAGGCCUCAGGACACUGUUUUAAGAGGAAGCUGCAACAAUUCUUCCUGAAGGGAAACACUGUCUGCCUUGUAACAGACUUGAGGUGGUUUAUUGGAAAGCGCAGACAGGGAAAAGCUGCAGGCCUCUCACACCGACUUGAGCUUGCUUUUCCGGAUCUAUUCACUUGUGGUUUGACAUUUUCAAUCACUAUGGAGGUCGAUUUUUUUUUUCUUAAAAUAUCAAAAUAUUCUUUAAACAUGGGAUGGCAUGAGUUUUUGUAAUGUGAUUGAGAUUGAGUCCAAGUAGAAAGAACAGAAGGUUCUGAAGUUCCAGGUGUGGGUAGUUCAGCUGCACGUUAGUACCAGAGCGGAAACAGUUUCUCAUGGGAAAAGCUUCCAGGAUCCUGAGCAGAUGGAACACAGUCCACUAUCCCUGCUUACCAGGCCAAAUACAGCUAUAAAAAAGUGUACACAGAUUGCCAUCUAAAUAGUACUAACUCUGAGGAAGAGGCAAACCUGCUGAAUACAAGUGACACCGAUUAUUGAAGAAAUCCAUAAAAAUGUCUGAUUCUGUUCCAAGAUCAGGGGAAAUAGUAAAAUCUGCAAGUCAUUCCGAAUGGCACACGGUAAUCACACUUUGGGGAAUCAUUUCUGAUGCACAAUUAAAAUAUAUUGUAGCACUAUGUUAAUUAUAUUAAAAGUCAAUUCAUCUUGGAUGUAUUAUCAAUUGCCUACCAAGAAUUGGUAUGAUUAUCAUUUCUGGGUCUACUGAUUCUUUUUUCAUCAUGGAAACAGAAAUUGUUUGACAUUAAAUCAAAUGAGUUACAACUAUGAAACCUAUUGUUUAAAAAAUGUUCAUAGACACAAAGUUUGAAUAUAAAGUUCUAUUUUCAGAAUCCAGUUGUGUUGAACAGUGUUAUGUAAAUUCCUAAAUGUUUAAUUCAGGUGGCAUGAUUUCAGUAGAAUAUUAUCCUCUUCAAGAUGAAUUUUUAGGUGUAUUUUAGCUCUAACAUUCUAGUCGUUAUUUUCUCACUUGAAGUGAGAAUAAACAAAAUGCUGAAUUUCAUUUUAGUAGUAAUAAAUAUUUUCGCUGAAAAUUUAUUUAUCAGAAUGUGUCAGCGAAGGAAACAGGCCUUUUUAUAUGUGAACUUCUAUUUUAAAUCCCCAGAGAAUUCUCAAUUAUGACUCUCAGAAAGUACAGAAAUGUUUUAAGUGCCCAACUUAAUUUACUGAUUUCUCUUUAAAUUUAUUAUGUUAAUCACCAUACAUUACAUCAUUAGUUUUUGAUGUAGUGUUCCAUGAUUGUUUGUGCAUACCACCCAGUGGCUCCAUGCAGAUCUUAAUUUACUGAUUUCAAAAAUCAAAAACGAUAGACCUCUUUGUUUCAAAAAUUAGGUCUUUCCUCAUACUCCCUAUUGUCUGGCUCUGGACGCUCCAGGCCUCCAGAGGGCUAGCUGGUGCGGCUGAAUUGAACUUUGUUGGGUAAAGAGCGGUAUUUUAUCCCUGGAAUCGCUAAUUCCUCCUGCCCUCUUCCCCUGCCCCAGGCUGAAAAGUAUUCCAUUGUCCAAAAGUAGCAGGUCUGAGAUAUUUAUUCUCUGUGAUGUUAUAAAAACUCUCAUUGUAGAGGAAUAGUUCAGGAUAUUUUUCUGGUAAGCUUGUGAUUCAUGUCGUAUCACAACCUAAGCCCCUUAUUUUCAGUAUCUCAUAGUACGCAUCUUGUCACUAUUUUUCUCUUUAGAAACAUAUGGAGAUUCUGAAUGAUUCAUUAAGCCUGUAGUGUUCUUCUUUGACAGUCUUCUAAGGACAUGAUCAAUUAUUUAAGUACUUUGUAGAGUAAAAAAGGAAAAAGACUUUGGAUAAAAACAUGAGAAUUCUAGUGGAGAAUAUUGAUUACACUCACAUUUUCUGUUCUUGAGCUUCUUAGAGAAAAGUGCUGCAAAAAUCUAAAAUAAUGAAUUUACUGGUAGAUUCUCCAAUAGCAAAUUUUAUCUGAAAUUACUUACCACUAAUAUAAUACCUGAAACCAAAAUGAAAUUUUGUUCCUUCAGAGUAACUGCCUUUGAAUAGAGUUAAGAAGACACUGGAGGGGGGUGGUGAUUGAAGAUGAACCAAAAAAAAAAAAAGAGUACAUACUCUAAAUUCCACUUAUCUCAUAUGUCUGACAGUUAAAGUAGCCCUAGCCCAGAUCUAACUGCUUUUCUGGUUACCUUUGAUUUUGGAUUUAGUGACUGUACAGCUUUUUUUUUUUUUUUUAAGAUUUUAUUUAUUUAUUUGACAGAGAGAGAGAGAGCGUGCGCACAAGCUGGGGGAGGGGCAGCGGCAGAAAGGGAAGCAGGCCUCCCGCUGAGCAGGGAGCCCGAUGCGGGACUUGAGCCCAGGAUCUUGGGAUCAGGAUCUGAGCCGAAGGCAGAUGCUUAACCGACUGAGCCACCCAGGCGCCCCUACGCUCUUUGACGUCAAGUUCUUAACAAGAAUGAAAGCUAGACUACCUUGAUAGGAGGAAGACUGCUUCCAGAAGUCUCUAGUUGGUGACUAAGGCCGCCGGCUGUUGUUCCUGAUCAACAAGUAAGGGCAGUGUGAUAAAUUACUCAGAAUUUCAAGUUACUUUCUAGUUCUUACCAGGUGGAAAUCUGCAAUAACAAU